AUGGCUGCUGCCUUAGUGGGGGGCUCACUCCUCUCCGCUUUCCUUCAAGUGCUAUUUGAUAGCAUGGCCAGACCUGAAUUCCUGAAUUUGUUUCGUAAUAGGAUGGCUGAUGAUGAUCUCCUCCGGAAGCUUAAGAGAAACUUACACACUGUUGGACCGGUGCUUGAUGAUGCAGAGAACAAGGAAAUACGGAACCAAUCGGUCAAGAAAUGGCUUGAAGAGCUUCAUGACACAUUUUAUCAAGCAGAGGAUUUACUGGACAGAAUCAACGCUCAAACUCUGCGAAUUAAGGUAGAAACUGAGUACCAAAGCACUACCAGCACUUGGAAAAGUGCCUUAAGAAGAUUAUGCUUUGAAAGGAUUCUGCCUUGUACAUCUUCGGGUGAUAAGUUUCUUAGGAAGAUCAUGCCCGAGAUAGAAACAAUAGUGGAGGGCCUGGAGGGGUAUAUAGAACAAAUUAAUCCCUUGGGUUUGCAAGUCAUUCAAUCAAGAAUACAAUCACAUCAACAACAUGAAACCCCUUUGGUUGAUGAGAUUGCUAUUUUUGGGAGAGAUGCUGAUAAAGAGAAGCUAAUUCAAAUGUUGCUAUCUGAGGAUGCAAAUGGAGACAAUAUCAUAGUGGUUCCAAUAGUUGGAAUGGGUGGGCUUUGCAAGACCACCUUGGCUCGAAUAGUUUACAAAGAUUUGAGGGUGGAAGUGAGUUUUCCCACUAGGGCAUGGCUCAGCAUAUCAGAAGAAUAUGAUGCUACCAGGAUAUCAAAAGAACUCCUAAGGGAACUCGAUAUUUCUUUUGUCGACAGUGAUAACUUGUCCUCCCUUCAAUGGAAGCUACGAGCUGGCCUAACUGAGAAAAAGUUCCUUCUUGUUUUGGAUGAUGUUUGGAAUAGUAAUUACAAUCAGUGGGAUAAUUUAAGGAGCCCUUUCUACGGUGGAUCACGUGGAAGUAAGAUCAUUGUUACAACACGGGAUCAGAAUGUUGCAAGAAUGAUGGCUAAAGAAAGGUCAAUUUAUCAUCUGGAUUUGAUAGCAGAGGAGGAUUGCCCGUCAUUAUUUAAGAAGCAUGCAUUGAAAAUCGAGAUGCCAAUGAAAAUGCAGAACUCUAAUUAA